ACAUCAAGGGAUAAGGACCUAAUAGUUGGUUUGGCCGUUGCUUUGGCUGCGUCUCUUAUAAAGUGAUAGCAGAAUACACAACACCAACACAGUUUCUGGCAUAACAUUAAAUUUCCAAAACUGCAACCAUUCUAUACUAAUUAAUCCACACUUCUACCUUAACCAAACCAAAACCUUCUUUUUCUUUCUCUAUUUUUCUUUUAUGUGGUUCUUCGUUUCUUGCUUCGGCGGUGCUGCCGAUACCGCCGCCACGAAGUCCGUUGUCCCUCCGCCUUCCCGGACUCUCCGCCGCAAGCCUCAAUGGAAGCCCACCCUCGGAUCAAUUUCAGAGGACACCGCGCUGCCUCACAGGGAGAGGGCCACGACGGCGGAGUCCGCUGGAGACGUCAAAAAAAGUGAGAACAGUGCCACUAAAAAGUCUCACCGCCGUCACUUCAGCGAGGGUAGCGAUUACGGUUGCAGGCGAGUUACCGUUGGAGCAAUGCCAGCAUUCUCUCCUACGCCAUUCAUUUUCUGAACAUUACAAUUCUGCUCGUAAAUCAGAUGUACAUGCAUGUUCAUAUGUGGCUUAGAAUAAACAAUAAAUUUGUAGUUUUAUUGUGGGUGGCACUUGCGAAUGAAAUGGGCUUCAGCACAGUAAAACCUCUGCAUAUUCGUCUUUUUCAUAUUAAUUCUCUUCCUCUAUAAGAUAUCUAUUAAUUAGAAGUGUUGAAUAUGUUUAGGUUAUUUGAAUAACCUAAGCAUAAGUAUGUAAUAAAC